AUGGACCCGCCGCGCAAAGGCAUUUACCUCUACGAGCCCGAGCCGACAUACAAGCCGGCGAUGCUCAGCAGCGGCGUCUCGUCGACGAGCUCCCAGGAGCGCCAACCGGCCCACUUCGAGUCGGUCAACGCACGCACCAACUUUCGGUCGACGCCGGUCGAGACGCUCGGGCCGCACACGCCACCCGUCUACUCGUUGCAGAACGACCCGAUUCUCGAGGGCCAGCCAGCGGCGCCCCACGGCAACUACGACUCGCGCGAGACCGCGACGUAUUUCAACUCGAUGACAGUCGUCAUCGGCGCCUGUCUCGGCAUUGGUCUCGGGUUGAUUUUGACCAAAUUUAACAUUCCGCAAGACCUCGCGCUCUGGCUCGAGCUGCCCGGCAACCUCUUUGUGCGCGCGCUGCGGUGUCUUGUCGUGCCUUUGGUGUUUAGCACCAUGACGGUCUCGAUCGCCGAGAUUGUCGUUUUGAACAAAACGUCGAUUUUAACGUGGCGCACGGCCGCCGUCCUCUUCUCGACGUCGAUCCUCGCCACCAUGCAAGGCAUGGUCGUCGCCUUGAUCUACAACAGCGUCUUCAACGCCAACUGGCCCGUCUCGCAAAGCAAUGCGACCUCGACCAAUGGCAUCGUCUUGGGUCUCCGGUGUGCCAACGGGCAGUUCUUGGAGACGCUCACCAACGGCACGCUAGCGUGCUUGAGUCGAAGUGCCAACGCCAGCGCGCUCUUCACGGUCCAGGAUGUCAACAAUGUGCUGAGUACCAACUCGGCGUUUCAGCAACUCACGCUGACACAACAAGUGAUUGCGAUCGUCAACUUGGUCGUGCCCGACAACAUUUUCGCAGCCAUGGCGAGCGGGUCGCUUCUCAGUAUCCUCACCUUUGCCUUGCCGCUCGGCGUCGCCGUCGCCAAGUCGCACAACGAAGCGCUUGGUCCUGGCACCAACUACCUUCUCAACAUUUUGCGCCAGAGUCGCAACACGCUCCUCCUCAUGAUCAACGCGGUGCUCAAGCUGACGCCAUUCGCGGUCUUUUUCUCUUGCGGGUACCUCAUCCUCUUCUUCAUCGCCGGCGUCAUGGUCCAUGUCCUCAUCGUCAUGCCGUUCUAUCUCUUUUUGUUUACGCGCAUCAACCCGUACAACUACCUCCGGCAGCUCGUGCCUGCCUACGUGUUUGCGUUUGGCUGCUCGUCGUCGAUGGCGACGCUUCCGGUAGCGGUCACCGUCGUCCACCAGACGCGUCAAGUGUCGCGCCAGCUCGCCCAGCUCAUGAUGUGUCUUGGCACGCCGGUCAACCUCAACUCACCCGGCUUUUACUACCCGCUCUUGACGGUCUUUAUGGCCAACGUCGGUGGUGUCGGCAGCCACCUCGGCGUGCCAGAGCUCGUUGUGCUCUUCUUUGUCUCGCUUUUGGGCUGCGUGGGCACGGCGCCAGUGCCCAACUCGGGUCUGAUCAUGCUCAUGACGGUCUGGAAGACCGUGCUGCCCAACAUCCCGCUCCCCGGCGCGUUUAUUUACAUUGUCGCGAUCGACUUUCUCUUGGACCGGAUCUGCACGUCGACCAACGUCAACGGCAAUAUGGUUGUGACCCGGAUCCUCGCUGACUACUUUGACGACUCGUGGGGAAGCGAGUCGGGCCAAGCGUAA